AUGGCUAGUGGAGAUUCACCAGACGUACCGAAACAUAUGAGCUAUGCACAAUCUAAAAUACCAUUUAUUGGCGCUUUCGUCGAUUACCUAAGUACAAGUUUCGAAUACAUAAGGAGUAAAACAUUCUAUCGGGCGGAGAGAUUGCAGACCAGUUCAAAGCAAACAUUAUCAGCUACGUUUGUCGCGUUUGUUUGCUUUUGCUUAGGAAUGGUGAGCAAUGUGAAGUUCGAAGUUGUGACGUUUGACGAGGAGCCGUUGGCGAAUGACUUGCACUUUAUGGUCAUGAGCAAGGACGAUAAACUCUAUAUAGAUGAUAUUGAUGUUUCCAGAGUGAUGUGGUGCAUCGAAGCUUCUGACGCACUUGUUAUAAUGUUCAGUACGUUAUUAAUAUGGAACUCACCAAACGUGCGAUCUCCUCUAAGUGAAUAUCUAUUUCUGCCGUGGCUAGGUGCUACGAUGCGCGGACUGUGCCUGAGACAGGCGCCCACCGCUGGCGCUUUGAUUUACACAAUGAGCGUGGUCAAUGGAUGCAUCAACCCUUUAUUUUUGACGGCUUUUUCUUUCUUGUUCUUGCUCGAAGCUCGUCUAUGGUUAGAGAUGGCCCGGCUGGUCAGUUUGCGAUGGCAGCGCCGUGACCAUGUGGAUAUUAGCGGGCCCGCGCACUAUGAAGUGGAGACUUUAUGGAGUAAUGACGAUGUACAGAGUGUUGAAGUUGGCAACUUUGUUUAUUGAUUUGUUCCUUUUUUAAAUUUGAUAGCUCCAUUGUGUUUUU